GCCCGCGGGCCCCCGAGGAAGCCCCCGCCGCAGCCGCUUCCCUCGCUGGAGCCGCGGGAGCAACUGUCAUUUCCACCAGCACUGCUGAAAGAAGAGAAAAUGUCAGUGCUAGCCCCCGAGAUGAAGACUGAGACUUCUAGGAUCACCAGAAGCUCCCUGGAGGGUGGUUUUCUUUUUGAGAAUAGUUGGAGGAAAGGAGUUUCAGAAACACAAAAAUUAAGGAAAGAAUACACCACAACAUUUGCUCUAGAAGAGCCUGAAGAAUAUGUCAAAGUGCCACAUUUACCAAGAUUGCCAAGUUGCCACAAGGGUGUAAGUUCAUCUCCAGUGGAGGUUCACAGACAGCUACUGCAUGCUCCCACGGAGAUGCCUACAAUCAGGAUAAAGAAGACUAAGAAGACAUGUACUAUGGCACGAUUUCAAGAGAAAUUGAAAGCUGCUUUUCUCCUUCUAGAUCCUGGCUUCAGUGACCCUCUCACUGGAGCACCAUCUGAAUACUUGCAGAGACUUUCCCGAAUGGCCAUACUGGAAUAUGACACCAUUCGUCAGGAAACAACCAAAAAGUCCAAAAAAGGCAAGAGACAAGAGCUGCGGGACUGCUGACGAACGUCACACAGGUGCUUUCUUCACUUGCUCUUAAGGUUCAUGUUUGCAUUUCUCCUUUUUUUUUUUUUUGAUAUGUGACAUGAUGUGCAGUGAUUUACAUAAAGUGUAAAUGUAAAUAGGAAAUAAAUAUUUUAUGUUA